AUGCCUGUCCUCCCCUCCGUGCACGACACACCCUUCGACGCCGAUAUCAAGGAUCGACACCUGAUUUACGACUAUGCGGCCCAGGACGACAAGGGCAAUCCGGAAAAAUGGAGGUAUGAGAUGUGGUUCUACAACGAAGACCGCAUCGUCUAUGCCAUCCAUGGUGGCCCCAUGGCAGGCCGCAAGAACUUCCAGACCGCAACGUACCAAUGCAUCCGGCCUGGAGAGCUGUGGCAAUGCAACUGGCUCGAGGAGACCGGGACCAUCUGUUCGCUGGUGUUCGACAUCCCCAAGAAGCGCAUCACCACCUUGCUGGGAUUCUCCAAAGGCCACUGGGAGCACAGCACCGAGGCCCACGGUGAUAAGCGACACCCCGAAGAUCUGGCGAGAUGGAGAAACCUGGCCAAGAUAGGGACCCAGGUUGACCGUCACCUUCUGUCUGAGCAGGCGGAGAUCGUGGAGGAUUUCAGGGGUGCCGGGAAUUUGGAGCCGAUCGAGAUGAGUUGGUCGACGCUGUGA